GGGGUUGUAGUCUUCUGAGCGGCCGCUCCCUCCCGUCCCAGCACUUCUCGGCCGCUGCUGGGAGCUGUAGUCCCGGGAACGAGGCGCCCGUCGCCGCCGGGCGCUGCUUCCUUCCUCGUCCGCUUGGGCGGGCGCUAGUGGCCGCCGCGGCCGCUUCCGGGGCGGCUCGCGGCGGGGUUCUGGCGGGGCCCGCCGCGCUCCCCUCCGCCGUCCUUCUCCCACCUGGCGGAGGGAUGGAGGCGGCCUGGCGCCAGGCCGGCCGGGGCAGGGGCCGCGCCCGGCCGGGGGACGGGCUCGCCGCCCGCGGCGGGGCGGCUGCGAGGCCGCCGGCCCCCAGGGCCCGCGGCGGCGGUGCCUGCGCUCCGGCCGCGGGGAGCAGCUGCGAGGGGGCGAGCGAAUUAUCUUCACAGAGAAAAUUUGAUGAAAUUAAGAAGGCUAAUCAGGCUGCAGCAAAAAUGCUAGUUGAAGACCAAUUUAGUUCCUCAUCUGAAGAUGAUGAUGAAGAUGCUGAAGGAAAACAGGGAAAGAUUUUGGCCAAAACGUUUACUACUUACACCAGUCAAACUGAUGGAGAUGCAAGUGAACUGGAACGUACAAGACAAUAUGUGAAUGAGGCUUUUCAGUCUGGGGCUAUGACAUGUCUGAUCUGCAUUGCUUCCAUUAAAAGGAACCAAGCUGUCUGGAGCUGUUGUGGAUGCUUUUGUAUAUUUCACCUGCCAUGUAUCCAAAAGUGGGCCAAGGACAGCCUUUUCCUUGUUUCUUCUCCUUUUACGGAUGAUGAUUUUGGAAAAAAAGAUUAUCCGUGGCCAUGUCCAAAAUGUAGGUUUGAAUACAAACGGUCUGAAACUCCUACUAGGUAUUACUGUUAUUGUGGAAAAGUGGAGGAUCCAGCACUGGACCCAUGGCUGGUACCUCACUCCUGUGGUCAAGUGUGUGAGAGGGAAUUCAAACCUUCUUGUGGGCAUAAAUGUUUGCUGCUUUGUCAUCCAGGACCUUGUCCACCUUGCCCGAAGAUGGUUACAACAACAUGUUACUGUAAGAAAGCAAAGCCAGUGCCCCGAAGGUGCAGUGCCAAGGAAUGGUCAUGUCAUCUGCCAUGUGGACGAACAUUGCCAUGUGGACAACACACUUGUGAGAAUCCUUGUCACUCAGGAAAUUGUAAGCCUUGUCCACGAGUCAGUAAACAACAGUGCAUCUGUGGAAGACAAACAGCAGAAAGACUUUGUGCAAGUCCUCAGUGGCAGUGUGAUCAGGUGUGUGGGAGAACUUUGCCUUGUGGUAAUCAUACAUGUGAACAAGUUUGUCAUGCUGGUCCCUGUGGAGACUGUCCUCGUUCUGGAAAAAGGUCCUGUCCUUGUGAAAAAUCAAAGUUUACAUUGCCUUGCACGGAAGAUGUGCCUACCUGUGGUGAUAGUUGUGACAAAGUUCUAGAAUGUGGCAUCCAUAAAUGUUCACAGCGCUGUCAUCGAGGUCCCUGUGAAAUAUGCAGACAGGAAGUUGAAAAACAGUGUCGUUGUGGAAAGCACACUAAACGCAUGCCAUGUCAUAAGCCAUAUUUGUGUGAGACAAAGUGUACUAAAAUUCGUGAUUGCCAAAAGCACCAAUGUAAGAGAAAGUGCUGUUCUGGAAACUGUCCGCCUUGUGAUCAAGUCUGUGGGCGGACUCUAGGCUGCAGAAAUCACAAAUGUCCUUCUGGCUGCCACAGAGGUAGUUGUUAUCCAUGUCCAGAGACUGUAGAUGUGAAAUGCAACUGUGGAAAAACUGUCAUUAAAGUGCCCUGCGGCAGAGAGCGCACCACCAAGCCUCCCAAAUGCAAACAGCUGUGCAGUCGACCACCUACCUGUCACCACGCUACCCAGGAGAAACACUACUGUCACUUUGGUCGGUGUCCUCCGUGUCAUCAGUCCUGCCAGAAAACAUUAACAUGUGGUCAUUUAUGCCCUGUUUCUUGUCAUGAUGAAGCACUUGUGAAGCAAACUGGCAUGCAUCAGCCUGCAGGCCCUUGGGAACAGCCAUCUGAGCCAGCUUUUAUUCAAACUGCAUUACCGUGCCCUCCCUGUGAGGUUCCUAUAUCAGUAGAGUGUCUUGGACAGCAUGAGGUUAGCCCAUUACCAUGUCACUCUGCAGGUCCCUACUCAUGUAAAAGACUUUGUGGACGCCUUCUUGAUUGCCAGAAUCACACCUGUAUGAAAGAAUGUCAUUAUGUUACUAAAAUCAACAGUAAUGCAGAUGGAAAGAAGGCAGGUCCAGAAUGUUUGCAGUGUGAAGAGGAGUGUACCAAGCCACGGCCAUCUGGCUGUCCUCACCGAUGUGUUUUGCCCUGUCAUCCUGGGGAUUGCCCAUCAUGCCUUCAGAUGCUUAAAAUAAAGUGUCACUGCAAACUGUCAAUACUAUAUAUUGAAUGCUUAAAACUAACUUGUGCUGAUUUAAAAGAAAAGGAUCUUCUUACUUCCUGCAAAAAUCAGUGUCCAAAAGAGUUGCCAUGUGGUCACCGAUGUAAAGAGAUUUGCCAUUCAGGUAGCUGUCCUUUGAAUUGCAACCAGAAAGUUAAACUCCGAUGUCCCUGUAAGAGACUGAAAAAGGAAUUACAGUGCAGCAAGAUACGAGAAGGCCAGGUUUCGCUGGAAUGUGAUGCGUUAUGCAAGGAAAUGAAACGGAAGGCAUCUGAGAUAAAAGAAGCUGAAGCCAAAGCUGCUAUUGAGGAAGAGAAACGAAGACAACAGGCUGAACUGGAAGCUUUUGAAAACAGGUUAAAAGGACGAAGAAAGAAUAAGAAGAGAAAGGAUGAAGUAGAAAUUGAACAAUCAUCAUGGCAGAAGUAUAAGAACCUCAUUAUGCUGCCAUUGUUUGGAGUUGCUGUUGUCAUGCUUGCGUGGCUUAUGGUCUACAAUGACUGAAAUGACUCUUAAAUAUUUAAUAUACCUCAGUGGGCUUUAGGUAGCUAUUAUUGCUAUAAUGUUAGUCUGUGUAUAAUAGAACUUACUAUGCAUAGAUUAUGUAUGUAUACUAUUUGCCAAAAAAGUACAGGGUUGGGAAGGAGUGUCACCUUCUGUGUUACUACAUUCACAGCACAAAACUAAAAUCAGACAUUGAAAGUAAAGAGAUAGUAGGUUUUAGUCUACACUGAAGUGCUGAUGUAACUUACCUGGCUGAGAUCUGUUAACAUUUAUUUUAUUAUAUUGUUACUUUUCUUGUCUCCAUUCCACAAUAUUAAGAGUAGUUUAGCAUAAAAUGCUUUACUGAAUAUUUUUUUCAGUAAAAUAAAUUUAGUGUUUUGUUAAACAUUAGUACUUUUAUGUAAGUCUUCGUGGUGUAUCACACAAAAUAGAAUAGUUCCUGUGCUUCAUCUCAGUUUUAAUGAUAACUAAUGGGGAACUUCACAUCAGUUAGAUUUGAAUAAUCUGUGGCCUCAUGUCAGAAUUUUUAGAGAAGGGAAAUGUGAGCUAUCUUCCCAGUCUGCUGUAACACAAACAGUAAAAUGGGCCACUUUACACACUGCUUUUUUCCUCUUCCUAAAAGUUAAACCAAUUGAAAGCUUCAUUUAGUGGACAGAUGCAAGGACUGAACAUGGGUGAAGUAGUUUCAGUGCACAGGGGUGUGUUCUCAUCACUGCUUUCUAGUGUUGGUUACAGGGGGCAAUGUGAAACUAAACUUAGAGCAUCUCUUCAGUAUUUCUAUAAAUAAAUGUCACAUUUGAAUAUUUGCAUAGAUGUACAAAAAUGUAAAGUAAUUGAAUAACUUAACUAUAAAAUUAUGUCAUUCUGAAGUCAUCUGGAUGGUGCUUGCUAAUCAUGUAUGAUCUAAUCUUUUAAAUGUUUAGAUAUUUUCUUACUGAUACUAGAAUACCUUGCUUUAGGGUGUCAGUACUGAAAUGUUACAGGGAUCCUGUUUGCUGGUAGAACUGAAAAAAUUUCAGAGCUUCAAAACUAUAUGAGAAGCUACAUUGUCUCAGCUAAAUAGAAAACUGAAUUUUUAAAUCUCUGCUAGAAAAUUUAUGCUGAUAAAUGAGCAAUGUGGAUAAUGGAAACAGGCCUACUUAUAAAGUAUUUUGAAAGAUAAGGCACAAAGUUGGUGGUUUAUGGAGUUUUAUUACGGUUCAAUGGAUUACACCCAACGGAUGGGUGCUGUUUGAUAGCAUUUUAUGAUUUUUUUUUAAAUGACUUUUUUAAAAUGCGCUCUACUUACAUCAUUAUAUGUCAAGCCAUUAGUUUGUAAAGGUAUAGAAUUAGUUGAAAUUGCACCAGGCACUUACAGUUGCUUCUCUGAAUUAUUUUAUAGUAUAAGGAAUAAACAAUUUUCCAUGUUGUUAGUUUAAUAUUUUUCUAUAAUAUUGAUGCCCAGAAGAUAAUUCCAUGUCUAAGUAUUAAGUUGUUUCUAUAAGUGAGGCAAUGCUAUUAUGCGACUGCUAUGCCAGUUAUUCUCCUGUCACUGAGAGGAAAAAGGGAGAGUUUUGUUCAGCUAAAGUAAAAUGUGAUCCAUUGUCCAAAUAUACAAAAAAAUACCUUUGUGGCUGAAGUAUUCAGAUCAACAUGAAGGAGGCCAUUGUGGAAACAGCUUUUAUUUUACGUGAAAAUAACUCUUUUUUGUUUACUGUUAGCUAUUUCUUUAAAGAAAUACAAAGUAAAGUUUUUCCUUCUAUCUCUGGCAAAGAGAGAAGAAAUAGCCAUAAAAACAAACUGCACUUGAGUUAUAUGCUUGAAGUUGAUCUCAGUGUUCUCUUGCUUUGAAUAUUUUGUUGCAUUUAUGUGAAAUGUUGGAGAGGAAAAAAUCUUUAUCUAUUAUAGAAAGCACCCUGAUCUUUAAAAUUAAUUUUUUAUAUAUAUAUAUAUAUAUAUAUAUAUAUAAAUAAAUAAAAAGACAUAUUCCCCUUCCUAAAGGAUUUGUCUCUCCUGAGCCUCAGGUAUGUGAGACAACCCUAUCUUUGAAAUUUUAUUCAAAAUAGUUGUGUAUAUCUUACCCAACCGUACAGCAGCGUGAGUCAUUUGCACUCUGAUCUGCCUACUAUAAGCUGUGCCUGCUGAACCAGAUAUUUGUUUCUUGGCAUAAAAAAGUGUGUGGGUUCACCCAGUCUGCAAUUUAAUAGAUGAUUGGCUUCUAUUUGGUUUUUUUAUAGUUAAUUUUUUGACUUUUGGUUGGAGCUCUGUGCAUGAUGAUAUUUGGAAGUACAAGGUACAGAUAAAGUCACCUGUUAUUCAGCGUACAUGAAGUGUUGAUAGUAAUUUUAGAGGGGAAAUACUGAACUGAAGGUAGUUUUUUCAGCAAUUUAAAUGUACUAUACUGUUGCCUAACAUGAUGAGCAAAUAUUGUGAAUGUUAAAAAAGAAGAUCAUGUUCACAAGCAUACAUCAGAACAAAUGAUAUAGUAUGGCCUGAUGCUGAAGGGAAUCAUAUGAAGACAAGCCUGAUAAUGAUGAGACUUAAUAUUCAGAAUAUUUAGCUACAUGUACCAUGAAAAAUUGUUCAGUUUUUUUCCUGAUUUUGAGUACAUUCUAGUGAGCACUCUUAUCUCUCCACUGAACUAAGGUGCUUGCAAGUUGUCAGUGUUUUGGAUUGUGAGAUCCUUGGGCAAUUUUGUUCCCUGUAACAAGAACAAGGGCAUUGUGUAUGAUAGUUUAAUGUAAAAAUCAAGUCAGACAAUAAAUGCAUCAAAAGCAA